AUGCAUGACACGAAAAGGCAAAUUUACAGAGAACAAGUUCUUCCGUCGAAAGGUGGAAAGAUACCCGAUUCAGCAUUCACAAAAGAACGUUUAGCUUUAAACAGGCUAAACAAAGAAGGGAUUUCCAUACCGGAUGGCGUCCUGUUGGAACAUCGUAAUGUAGUACAUCAUCCUCAUCUAACACAACACGAUCCCGAAAAUGAAGAUUCUCUUAUAAAAAUAAUACAAAAUCCGGAAGAUAGAUUUGUUGCAUCACCGGGAAAAUAUUUCAACAGCAAUCCUCUAACGAUAUCAUCGACGUAUUUAAUACGUAAACCCAUAGAACACGAAACCAUACCCGCGGUUAGAUUUCCUCCGGGUCAAAAUCCAUAUUCCCAAUCUUUUUCACCGCCAUCAUCUUCCGUAAAUCAAGUAUUUAAUACUUUCCCGUCAAAAUAUUAUCCCCAACAGCAAUUCGUAACGGCUAAAUUUCCUUCGACUCAUCAUUCCCCGAUCGUAGGUUUAUCCGUCCCUCAUAAUUUAAUACAAGCAAAAGUACCGUUUCAAAAAUAUAAACCCGCUACGACGAUUCAAUACCCUUCGAAUAAAUAUUUACCCGUGCAACAGUACCAACACCAACAACAUCAACAUCCGGUUAAAUACUAUUCGACGAAUAUAAAAACCCCUCCAAAAAAAUAUUAUUCCCAAGGAUAUACUCCGACGGUAGUACAUCAUCCUCAUCCGCAAGGCUACGAACCUCCGGUGUCAUAUCAAUCCGUGUCUUAUUUUUCGGCAAGCGCACCCUUGGAUGUACCCACGACGGAUGUUAUUAAGGGUUCCAACUACCCGAGUCCGGUGAGUACUCAUGGAAACGACGGUCACACCAUUGUACGUUGGCCACCUUUACCGGAACAAUAUUCUCAACAAAUAUCGAAUAAGCUCAACGAAUUUAAUUAUUAUUCCUACGGUGGAAUUCAGACUCCUCAAUAUCUAUCACCAGAGGUAAAUAUUAUUCAAAUAUUAUUAUUAUUAUUAUCGUUGUUUUAA